AUGGAUACCGAUGAUCAUCAAGCCUGUACAUCAAUGGACAUUUCCGACGGUGAAAAUGAUGAAUUAGCUUGGCGAUUUUCACAAGUCAAAGGACAUGUUGAACCGGAGGAAGUGGUGUCUAGUGAUGGUGAGCAUUAUUUUGAUCGAGGCUCUGAAUUUUUGCAAUCAUUGGUUGAAGAAGCUGAUAUAAUAUCUUGCGUCGAAUUUUCUCACGAUGGAGAAUUUUUAGCUACGGGUGAUAAAGGUGGACGUGUUGUAAUUUUUCAGCGGGACCAAAGUGGCAAAUUUAUAAAUGGUAAACGUUCAACUGACUAUAACGUUUAUUCAACAUUUCAAUCUCAUGAACCUGAAUUUGAUUAUCUAAAAUCACUAGAAAUUGAAGAAAAAAUCAAUCAGAUAAAAUGGUUAAAAAGGAAGAAUGCUGCAAAUUUUUUGCUAUCAACAAAUGAUAAAACAAUAAAACUAUGGAAAAUAUCGGAGCGAGAAAAAAAAGUGGCAGAUGGAGAUUGGAAUAUACCACGAGAUGCGACCGGGAUCAACAACUGUAGAGGAGGUUUCAUUGGACGUUUGGUCUUACCUCGGUUGGUUCCUAUGGAACUUAUCGUUGAAGCAUCUCCUCGGAGAGUUUAUGGUAAUGCUCAUACUUAUCAUAUCAAUUCGAUUAGUGUGAACUCAGAUCAGGAUAUUUUCUUGUCGGCUGAUGACCUGCGAGUCAAUUUAUGGCAUAUUGAAAUCACCAAUGAAAGCUUUAAUAUUGUCGAUAUAAAGCCGGCGAACAUGGAGGAAUUAACUGAAGUGAUAACUGCCAGCGAAUUUCACCCUAACCAUGGUCAUUUGUUUGCAUAUAGCUCAUCAAAAGGUUCAAUACGAUUAUGUGAUAUGCGAGAUAGAGCAUUGUGUGACGCUCAUGCCAAAAUGUUUGAAGAAUCAGAAGGCCCUUCAAGUCGUUCUUUCUUUUCCGAAAUUAUUGCUUCCGUAUCUGAUGUAAGAUUUUCACACAGUGGGCGAUAUAUUCUUACUCGUGACUAUUUCACUGCAAAGGUAUGGGAUAUCAAUAUGGAGUCUGGUCCGGUAGAAACUUAUCAGGUUCAUGAACAUCUGCGCGGCAUUUUAUGCACUUUAUAUGAGAGUGAUUUCAUUUUUGAUAAAUUCGAAGUAUGCUGGAGCGGCGAUGAUAAAUAUAUUCUAACUGGUUCGUACAACAAUUUUUUUCGAACAUUCCCGAGAUAUUCCAAAGAUUCGGCAAACUCAAGGAUUUUCGAAGCACAUAUUGAAAAACCCGGUGUUCGGCUACCUCUUCGUCGCAUCACUAAUUCUGGUCCUUCGAAGACUAGAAAACGAACUUAUUCGAACAGUGUUGAAUCUUUCGACAAUGUUGAAGAAGUUACCACCGAAUCACUCGACUAUUCGAAAAAGAUUCUUCAUGCCGUUUGGCAUCCGAAACAGAAUAUUAUUGCGUUAGCAGCAACAAAUCGUUUAUAUAUCUUUGAAGAUAAAUGA